GCCAUCUACCAGCUAUGAUGUGGCAAGUGCUCAUUUUAUGUGUAGUACAUUUAAGUUUGACCACAAUUGCAACACUGUAUGGUCAUGUGAAAACCGCAUUGUCACAAACCGCACAGCAGAUUGCGAGGGCUGUUAUUGCUGCCACAACACUGCCAAUUAUACAAAGAAGACAAAAACAACAGCAACAACAAAAACAUGAAACAUUAUCAGCAUCAGAAUCAGUAACACCAUGGCCCCGACCACCACUACCUGCAGGGUUAUCACAAACAGAACAGUCAGCAGCAACAUCAGUAAAUGGCGAAGCAGUAGCAUCAGACGGAGGUUCCACCACAACCUCAUCAUCCAUAGUAACGCAAAAUAAUGCAAUUCAUGAAAAAAUAUUCCAUGGGAAAUUUCCCAGGCCACGAAAAAAUCUGUGGGAACAACAACACCACCAGCACUAUCAACAACAACAGCAGCAGCUGUCAUUACCCUUGCUAACCGAACACCCACAGCAUUAUCAGGUGGAUACGAACAACAAUUUUAUCACAUGCACCACCAGCAACAUUUGCAAUGCGGGCAGUAACAGCAGCUCCAGCAUCAACACCACCACCACAGUCGCUGCCACCAACACGACCACCACCACCACCACCAGCAUUUUAACAUUGUGGCAACAUUGUCAUCGUCGCUAUCGUCCUCUUCAACUACUACCGUUACUGACAACAAAAGGACUUAAUAAAUACUCAUGGAUAUUUUUAUUAAUAUAUUUGAAUUUAUCUGCUAAAG